AUGGAAGUAAUUUCAGAAAAACAAGACGACUUUUGUUCUUCAUUUUACAAAGUGGGAUAACUAUAUGAAUACUAUUCUAAUGAUUUACGUUAAGAAAUUUUUGAAAGAAGAAAAUAUAAUAUUCCCUAUAACGAAUCUGAAAUAUGGUAUAUAAUAGAUUCUUUGGUAUCUGUUGCUUCUUAUUUGAAAUAUAAAGAAGUUACUCAUGGUGAUAUAAGACCUUACAAUGUAUUUAUUGAUUAAAUUGGCUAAAUAAAAUUAGGAGAAUAAUAUUCUCAUCCUUAAACUUAUUCAUUAUAUUCACAACUAUUAAUGGGAACAACUGAUGAUUUUUUUGUUUCUCCUUAAUGUUUAAAUGGUUUAAGAGCUCAUUAAGAAUUUCCUGAUUUUGAUAGAAGUAAAAACGAAGUUUUUUCUAUAGGAAUGACUGCUUUAAAUGCUGCAACUUUAUAAGAUACCAACAAAGAAUGUUAUGAUAUUUCUUAAUUAACGUUAAAUAGGGAAAAUGUUUAAAAUCUCCUAUAAAGAGUAAAGUUCUAAUUCUCUUAAAAUCUUUCUACUACUAUCGAAAAUAUGCUUUUGCAUAGCUAAGAAUAAAGAGCUUCUUUGGAAGAAAUUUUAGAUAUAACAAACGCCUAGUCUAAUAAAGCUUAAAGUCUUAGUAUAGUAGAAGUAUUUCAAAACGAAUAACCAAAUCCUUAUGAUAAUAACAAAGUAAUCGAAGCUAAUAAUUUAAUAGUAGAAUAACCCAAAGUGAAUUAUAUUACCAGAGAUUUUACAAACGAUGAUUUAAUGGCCAGAAUUUAAAAAGUCUUAGCUGAAAGUGACUAAUCUUAACCAGUAUCUAAUAUAAAUAAUUCAAUGAUAACAAAUACUGCCAUAAAUACUAAUUUUACACCUAAUUAUGUUGAUUAAUAACUUUAUAGAACUAUAAAUAUAACACCAAACAUCGUUUAAGAAAACAGAAUUAGUUAAUAUGUUAGUGAAGAUAAUGAAGCUGUUAAAAAGAGCAAGAAAUCAACUAAUAUUUAAGAUUAUGUUCCUAUUAGUGAAAGCUAAAAUAAUAAAAUUAUUUCAGAUGUCAGAGCUGCUUAACAAUUAGGAAAUAAUGCUUAAAUAAGUUAAGUAUGA